AUGAGAGGAGGCUUCAGCCUCCCCCACCUGGACAUAGGACGCUGCCCACGGCGCUUGCUGCCGCCUGCCAGUGCCGCUUGUGCGGCUGUUGCCGUGCUGGUGCGCCGUGCACUGGUGCGGGCCGUGCGGCGCUGGCGCUGCCCUGCCGCGGUGGUGCCGCUGCGGGUCUGCGGCGCUGCUUGCCAAUCUCCAUUCGCCACUGUGCGUUUGUCGCGUUCGGCGUUUGUGUGGUGCGUCCGCGUCGGCGUCGUGCAAGUGGCCAGCUGUCACAAUGAAGCUAGAAUACAAUUUGAGGCUUUUCAAGAUCAAAGGCAUAGUGUGGAGAAUAUUUUACGAGUACAUAGUCGCGAUAUGGAAAUUGAUUAUCGCACUCGUUUAACAGCAAUGUUGGAUGUGACACGCUUUUUAUUGAAGCAGGGGUUACCUUUUCGAGGACACGAUGAGUCAACUAGUUCUUCAAAUAGAGAGAUCACACUUGCUAUAAUCAAUGAUAUUGGAGAUAAAUUCUUUUCUUUGAUGGUUGAUGAGGCUCGGGACAGUUCAGUGAAGGAGCAUAUGGGAGUUGUUUUGAGGUAUGUGAAUAAAGAAGGAUGUGUGAUUGAACGAUUUCUUGCGGUUGUGCAUGUGCCUGACACUAGUUCUCAUUCUUUGAAAAUGGCUAUUGAUACUUUAUUUGUGCAACAUGGUUUAUCAUUAUCUAGAUUGAGAGGCCAAGGAUAUGAUGGAGCUUCAAAUAUGCGUGGCGAGUUUAAUGGAUUGAAAUCCCUGAUACUACAAGAAAAUCCAUUUGCAAUGUAUGUUCAUUGUUUCUCUCAUCAGCUCCAAUUAGUUCUUGUUGCUGUUGCCCAUGACAAUUUUACUGUGAGUGAAUUUUUUGGGUAUAUAACCAUGAUUGUGAAUAUAUCUGGAGCAUCUUGUAAGAGGAGAGAUCAACUUAGAAAGAUUCAACAUGAUAAGAUAAUUGCUGAAUUGGAAAGUGGAGAAAUUACUAGUGGAAAAGGAAAAAAUCAAGAAACUAGUUUAGCAAGACCUGGAGAUACUCGUUGGGGAUCACACUACUUAACAUUACUUCGUUUAUGCUUUAUGUGGUCUUCAGUGAUAGAAGUGUUAGGAAAUAUACAUGAUGAUGCUUCUUAUUCUGCGAAUAAAGGUGUUGCCGCAGGUUUAAUUGAAAAGAUGGAGAGUUAUCAAUUUGUUUUUGUGUUACAUUUGAUGAAGUAUAUAUUGGGAAUUAUAAAUGAGUUAUCACUUUCCCUACAACAAGGGGAUCAAAAUAUUGUUCAAGCCAUGUCCUUGGUUAGAAGUGUGAAAUGUCGACUACAAGACUUCAGGGAAGAUGGAUGGCAGAUAAUUUUGGAACAAGUUAACACAUUUUGUGAAUUGAAUAUGAUUCCAAUACUUGAUAUGGAGGACAACAUGCUAACUCGUGGUCAUGGUAGGCGUAGAGGGCAACUCAUCACCAAUUUUCAUCAUUAUCGUGUGGAGAUUUUUUGUCAGGUUGUUGAUUUAAUUAUACAAGAGAUGAAUAAUCGAUUUUCAGAAGUUAGUACGGAUUUGCUUGGUUGCAUAUCAUGUCUUCAUCCAAGAAAUUCUUUCUCUCAAUUUGAUGUUCACAAACUCAUCCAUCUUGCUGAUUUUUAUCCCGAGGACUUCUGUGAAAUUGGUUGA